AUGGCAAACGAUCGCUCAAGCAACGCUUCGCCGUAUUCACCCGUUCUCGAGACGAGUCGCAUCUUCUCCAGUCUUUGUGACCAGUCUGAGAGACUCAGUUUACCCGAAGAAGUGCUCGCCAACAAAGACAAAGUCUCAUUUUCAACCAGUCACAAUGAAAUUUACUUCCCAAUUCCUUUCAAGGAGACUGAGACCCUUGCCGCACUGAAAGGUGUCGAGGGCUCUGUGGCCGCAGCCCUUGCCGAUCUGCGAUUUGGAGCUACCGAACAGUCGCGUAGUGUGCAGGUCAGCCUGGAAGCGGCCACGGCCUUCGGAUGUCAGGCGUACAUGGCCAAGAUCGAUGGAUUGUCAAAGUUGGAUCCUAAUGUUAAAUCCAAGUUGAAAGACACGGAUCUGUUGGCUGCGCAGUCGAACGGAUACCGUCGCAUGUCGGCGAAUCUGUAUAAAACCAAGAAUCCAGGGGAGUUCUACCAUAUCCAUGGCUCUCUCGAGGCUACCACAACAUUAAACAUGAUCGGUCUCGAGGGCCACCGUCCCGACUUGACAGACUAUGAAGAGAUCAUUAAGGUUAUUGAGGCUCAGGUUCAGAAGUACACUGUUCCUGAGCUGGAGGCAAUGAAUAAAGAGCGCCGCCAAGCGGGUGUUCCAGCACUCAAAUAUGAAGACUUCAUCAAAACCCCACAUGGAGCACUCAAUGUUGAAGAACCACCAUGGAAGGUUGCCAAGCUUCAAGGAGAUAUUGCCCCGACUCCGUUCCCGGCCGCUCGACCUGGCAGCAAGAGGAUCCUCGAGGGCGUGAAGGUGCUUGAGAUGUGCCGCAUCAUUGCAGGUCCAACCGUCGCCCGCAUUCUAGCCGAAUACGGCGCCGAUGUGCUGAAAAUCACCAGCCCCAACUUGUCUGACGUACCCUUCUUCCAGGUCGACGGAAACAUGGGCAAACGCGCCGCAGACCUGGAUCUGAAAACCGAGGCCGGUCGCGCAGAGUUCGAAAAGCUCUUGGAGGACGUUGAUGUGAUCGUCGACGGGUACCGACCAGGCGCUCUGGAGAAGCUGGGUUACGGCCCGAAGGCCAUGGCGGCCCUUGCCGAGAAGCGCGGAAAGGGAAUUGUCUUCGUGAACGAGAACUGUUUCGGCUAUGAAGGUGAAUGGGCCGGACGGGCUGGAUGGCAACAAAUUGCCGACUGCGUAACUGGUGUCGCUUGGGCCCAAGGCAAAUUCAUGGGUCGUGACACACCUGCCGUUCCCCCUUUCCCCAUCUCCGACUACGGAACUGGAUGUAUGGGCGCCAUUGCCGCGCUGACCGGUCUCUACCACCGCGCCAAGACCGGUGGUUCAUACCACGGCCAGGCUUCCCUCAUGCACUACGAUCUUCUGCUCUUUGCAGUGGGUCAGUACUCUGAUGAAGUGCAAGAGAAACUUCGUUCUGCCCAGCCAGCAGAGUUCUUCCAGCUUCGUCACUGCGAUAGUGUUGAUCGCAUUUCCUCGACUGUCCUCAAGGGGAUGCAAAAGCGGUUCCCGCACUUGUAUUUGGAUCCGGGGGUUGAGUCUGAAGGUCGCCAUCCGCUGACCGAGAGCUGGUUCUCCAAGGCUUAUGGUACUGAUAUUGAGGUUGUCAAGCCUAUUACUGUUGUGCAAGGUGUGGAUAAUCAGUUUAUCAGGGCCAGUCGGCCCAAUGGGUCAGAUCGGGCUACCUGGGAAGAUUUCGGGAAUGAGGAAGAAGGUGAUUUUAAGAAAUGUUGA